AUGUCUCAAGAAGCGAAUGGCCAGCAUCUGUUGGUGGUCUUAGGCGCUACUGGAAACCAAGGCAAAGCAGUAUUGCGCCGAUAUACGGAGUCUCAACUCAACCCGGGCAUGAGAUUGCGUGGAGUAACACGCAACACAGAGUCCUCGACAGCAAAGGAGCUUCAGGACUUGGGGAUUGAAAUGGUCUGCGCUGAUCUUGACGAUCUGCCUUCGCUCAAGGCUGCUUUUACUGGCGCAACUCACAUUUUCGCCACCACGGAUUCCAAUCGCUUGAUUUUCGAAGCUAUCAAACAACCGCACGUGCUCAAAGAGGGACAAACGCCGCGCUUUCACGCUCGAGCGAUCGAAUUGAGGCAUGGUGCCAACAUCGCCGAAGCCGCCGCUUCUGUGCCUGGUUUGCAAAGGAUAUUGUGGAGCAGUCUUCCCAGUCCAAAGAAGUGGAGUCAGGGGCGAUACUCAAAGGUCUCGAUGUUUGAUACUAAGGAAGACAUUUACGAAAUCCUGAAAUCUACACCUGAGCUUCAGGAUAAGUUGAGCGUACUUCUGGUGGGCUUCUAUGCUACUAACGCUCUCCACGUCCCAGAUAUGUACGGCCCUCAGCGGAAAGCCGACGGUGGCUAUGAGCUAGCUUUACCGAGGUCUGGCGAUGUGGCGGUACCGAUUGCAGAUCUAGAUUCCGACAUGGGACACUGGUGUCACGCGUUAUUUCACACGGAGCCGGGAACCAUCUUGGUUGGGGCGACUGAAGUUCUCACGUGGAAGCAGUGGGUUGAUUUAUGGGCUCGGGCAAACCAAGUCACUGCUCGCUAUCGUCGAGCUACGUCUUCCGAGUAUGCCGCUAAGAUCGAAGGCAUAAGUGAUGCUGUACUGGAAGAGUUUGCAUUUGUGGAGGAAUAUGGCUUUACAGGAGGCAACCCUCAAGCCGUGUACCCGGAUGAGCUUCGAAAGCGUGGUGUAUCCAUUCCACGCUCAUCGGUGGAAGAACAGAUUAGGAAUUGUGACUGGUCGUCCAUUCUGUAA